GAAAAAGCGUACACAACGAUAAGACAAUGCGUUAUAUCUACGUUUAGAAGUGAUGGUUUACUGGCGUUUUAUCAAGGUGCUGGUAUCAAUGCCUUAAGGAUCCUCCCAGGAACCUGCGUUACAUUCGUCGUGUAAGUACAUCCCCAGAUUUCACCAAAGAUCACGUCUCUGAUUUAUUUCUUACUAUAAAGGUAUGAAAACAUUUCACGCAUUUUACAAACGCGGUCUAAGAUCUUAACUUCUUAAUCGUCCGCGCUAAAUUCGCCGGAAUGCUUAUCACCUGCCAAUUAGGGUUUAAAUUGACUUACCUUCCUUAUUUGUAAACCAUUAAUUUGCCAACUAUAACCGGCAACCUAAGCUUUUGAUUCCUUCUAGUUCUAACGUUGGAGAUGUCACAAUUAGAAAAGCGACAAUCUUCACUACCGACGCUGAUAAACAUACUGAAUAAAGACAAUAGCAACAGGGGUAAACCGACUGGCAUAUUUGGUUUCUUUUGCAGACCACUAUUUCAAAUAGUAAUUAUAGGCUUCGUAUGCUUUUGUGGUCCUGGAUUGUUCAACGCUCUAACCGGUCUCGGUGGUGGUGGUCAAGCUGAUCCAAGUAUCGCUAACAAAGCUAACGCUGCAUUAUACGCGACAUUCGCGACAGUAGCAUGGUUUGGUGGUAGUGUUGUCAACCUUAUCGGUCCAAUACCUGCUAUGAUGAUUGGUAGUGCUGGUUAUUGCCUUUACAUUGGUUCAUUCCUCGCACUCAACAUUCAUCCAGGUGCUGGUGCUUUCAACAUUGCUGCAGGCGCUAUAUUAGGUUGUUGUGCAGGUCUCCUAUGGACAGCACAGGGUUCACUCAUGUUAUCGUACCCUACUGAGGACAAGAAAGGUCUCUACACGUCUGUCUUCUGGGUCAUUUUCAACCUUGGUGGUGUCAUUGGCUCUGCCGUCUCAGUAGGAACAAACUGGGAGAGCGACCAGGGUGGUGUUUCAAACUCAACCUAUAUAGCAUUCGUAGUCAUUACAGGUGUUGGUGUAUUACUUCCCCUUACUCUUCGCAAUCCUAAGAAGAUGUUGCGUGAAGAUGGUACUUCAGUUGUUAUUGAAAGACAAACAACUUGGAAGACCGAAUUGUUAAAUCUGUACAGAUCACUAGUUGAUGAUCCAUGGAUCGCACUCCUGUUUCCAUUUUUCUUUGCCUCAAACUGGUUCUACACUUAUCAGUUCAAUGAUUUCAAUGCAGCGUUACAUAAUGUCAGAACGCGAUCAUUGAAUGGAUUAUGUUAUUGGUUAUCACAAAUCGUAGGAGCUGUUAUAUUCGGUCAAUUACUUGAUAUUUCAAGAUUCAAUCGUCGUUGGAGAGCAACUUUCGGAUGGUGUGUACUAUUCGCCAUGGUUUGGGCCACAAAUGCUGGUUUCUACACUAUACAGAAAGAGUUUUUCCAUAUACCAGACGACGAAAUAAAAGAAAUGGACCUUAAAGAUGAUGGAUACGCCAAUAGAAUUGUGUUAUAUAUAUUCGCAGGUGCAUUAGAUGCCGCAUGGCAAACAUACGCGUAUUGGAUGAUGGGAUCAAUGUCAAAUGAUCCAUCAAAGUUAGCAUUCUAUGCUGGAUUUUAUAAAGGUCUUCAAAGUGCAGGUGCAGCUAUUAUUUGGGCUAUCGAUGGUCAAAUUGGAUCACUGGGUGCAUUGUCUUCAUCUUGGGCUUUCAUGGCCGGUGGUCUACUUCUUGCACUUCCAAUGGUUUGGUGGCGUAUCAAACCACAUACUACUAUAGAAGAUGAAACGAUGGUUCGCAAUAUAGAUGACGUAAAUCAAGCGAUACAUGAAAGCGAGCUUUCUAAUGGUUUAGGUGACGCAGACCCAGGAGCUUCGCAAGAACAUUUUAAGAAAUAAACUCCUUUUAAAGGAAUUGUACUUUUAUUCACGGAACUUUAUGUACUUUCUUUCACUUUUUAAUUAAUCGAAUGA